UCGCCAGUGCCAAAUAUCAUAUUGCGCACACCGGAUGUCACAAAUCACAGCUCUUAUUUUGGAUUUUCAAUAAACUUAAAAACUAACAGUAUUUUGAUCGGCGCGCCUCAAGCGCAGCCAAAACAUCAAAUGGAAAUAAAUAAUCCGGGUGCUAUCUACAAAUGUAAUUUAAACGAGACUUCUAGUGAAAAGUGCAAACCUUUGCUUUUCGAUAAAAUGGGUAAUGCAGGAGCUCUUUUUAACAAAACUAAUCAAUGGCUGGGAAUGUCCUUAGACGGUGGUGCUUCUGAAAAUCAACCAUUUGUGAUAUGUGCGCCACGAUUUGUAACAAAUUGCCCCGGGUGUGAUGAAACUGAAACGAAACCGUGGGCUAAUCCAUAUACGCUCUAUGAUACUGCCAUGCACGGUGUGUGUUAUUGGAGUGCAGAUACUUCGUCUGAUCAACCGGAUAAUUUUGAACAAGUUUUAAAUAUAACUAAAAAUCAAUUGAUUGACGAUAUGAAAUUUAUUAAGAAAUUUAAAAUCACAUAUCGCGAAAAAAAGUAUUUUUUGGGCGAGAUUGGUUUUAGUGUUCAUAUAACUGAAAAUAAUGAAGAAAUUUUAAUUGGUGCACCAGGAGUGGGAGAUGGUUUUAGAGGUCUGGCCAUUCGAAAGAAUGUAAAAGAUUUACGGUCCAAUUUAAAUGCUCUUAAUAAACAUGAAGUGGCCGACUCACUAAAAUGGUACAAUGGCGACUAUAGAAGACAAAAUACUUUAUUUGGCUAUGCAAUUUCAUCUGGUUAUUUUGACAAUCGCAAUCAAUCGAAGUUACUUUACGUGGCCAGUGCACCAAAAGAAUGUGCAAAAAAUGAUUGGACUGGUGCGCAUCCCGGUAUUGUAUACAUAUUUGAUUUUGUGACCACUUCGUCAGGAAUACGAAUGAAAAGAUAUUUUCAAUUUCAAAGUGAAUAUUGGCAUGAGUAUUUCGGAUACAGUCUAUUAGUUGAUGACUUCAAUGGCGAUGGAUAUGAUGAUAUUGCUAUCGGUGCUCCACAAAAUACAUUCAAUGAGACAAAUAGUCGUUACUAUACAAAUGGUGCAGUAUACAUAUAUACAAAUCUCGGAACAUCACCGGUAAAUUUCACUUUGCAAACCAUUCUGCGAAUAGAUUCAGAUAAAAAUGAUUGCCGAUUUGGACAAACACUGUCAAAGGCUGGCGACAUCAAUCAUGAUGGUUACAAUGAUCUCAUAGUUGCAGCACCAUUCGAAGGGGAUGGAGCGAUUUAUAUUUAUUUUGGCAGUUCGAAUGGCUUAUCAGAAAUACCUGACCAGAAAAUCAAAGCACCAUCCAUCGGCUCAUACCCUCAAUGGUUUGGACAUGGCAUAUCGAAGGGAGUCGAUAUAGAUGGAAACAAUUAUGUUGAUUUUGCCGUUGGUUCACCAAAUGCCGAUGCUGUUUAUAUUUACAAGUCGUAUCCGGUUAUUAAAAUCAAUGCCACAAUCAAAACCAUAAAGAAAUCAAUUCGUCCCAACGACAAAUCAUUUACAUUCAUGGUUUGCUUUCAAUAUGAAUCAAAAUUUUCGAUUGAUUUUCCCAUUCAGCUUAAUGCGAAUGUAAGGCUUAUUGAUUGUUUUGGUCGUGCAUACUUUCAAAAUGGUGACCAUUGCGAUGGAAAAAAUCAAUGCAACAUUACUAUUUCAUUAUCACUCGAUGCUAAAUUGAAAUGUGUUCAAUUGGAAGCGGCGGUUAUUUUCAAAACAAACUACAUUUACACCCCGAUCCGUAUUCAAACCAGCUAUGAAGUGGUAAAUGGCAUUCCAAAUUAUAAUAUUGAAGAAUCAUCAACAACUAUAGCGAAAGAAUUCUGUGAAAAUUGUGUUGCACUCAAUCCAAAUUGUCCAAAAAAUGUAUUUACCGACAUCAAAUUUAGUAAGACUGGUUGCAAGGAUGACCAUUGUAUUGUCGACUUGAAAGUAACGAGCACGCCAAAGUUUGAUUCGACACAAUGUAAUGGAUUACGAUUGGGAGUUCCAUCGAUGCAAAUAGAAUAUAAAAUUGAAAAUUACGGCGAAGUAGCAUAUUGUGCGAAUAUUUUCAUAUCAAUACCAAUCUACAUACAAUUUAUGAAAAUACCAUCGUAUUGUGAGGAAAACGUCACAGACUCAAACAAUAUAAACUGCACGUUGACUGCUGAUACAGCAAUCGCUACGGGCGGUAGUGUUAAAUUCAAUAUUGGCAUUGACACAGGCAAACUAACUAGUCCCGAAUCACUUCGUAUUGAAGCGAAAGUGUUCAGUAAUAAAAAUGACAUUGAAUCAAAUAAUUCGGACAACACAGUGGUGGAUAUGGUUCCUGUUGUUGAUUUCAGUAAAAUUGAAAUUUUUGGAUACUCAACGUUUCUAUCAACGGAUAACAUCAUUAAAAUCCAAGAUGAAACAAAAAAAGUGAAUUUAACGCAUGUAUUUGAGAUUGAAAACCAUGGUCCAAGUAAUAUUUCGUCUCUGGAUGUAAUUAUUCAUAUUCCGAGAAUAUAUGUAAAUCUUAUCACAGAAAAUAAAAAAGAAUUUAUUGACGUAGAUGAGGUAUCAGUUCAGAAUGGCGUCAACGGAACAAAGAUUGACAUCGAAUGGUCGUUUAAUGAAAAUGAGAUAAAUAACACAAGAGAUACCGUUACAUUUAAUAAUACGCACACAAAGAAUCACAUUUUGAGAAAUCUAAAAAUUGAUGACAUCUUUUAUUUCGAGUGCAACAAUUCAACGGAUGAAGGUUGCAUGCAAGGAAAGUUUACAGUAAAUGAUUUGAAUAUAGAUAAGCCAAUUAACGUUAUUGUAAAUAUUCCAAUCGAUAUGAAAUCUGUUGCAAAAAUCACACCGAAUUUAGUAUUCAUUACCUCCGUCCUAGUUAUGAAAACAUCUAAACAAAAUUGUUCGUCAAUAGACAUCGUUCAAAAUCCAUACACAAUUUUUAGUUUUCCACCUACGGAAAAAGAGUCAUUGUGGAUUUAUGUUGUUGUUUCGAGCAUUCUUGGACUUUUCAUAUUGAACAGCCUCGCGUUCACAAUGUAUAAGUUGGAAUUUUUCAGACGAACCAAGCAUGAAGAAUUGAUAAAAUUAAAACUUAAUUUGGAUAAUCACAAUGAAGCAAGAAAAUCUUACACAUGUACCUAAACGAAUUCCGCUUAUCAUGUUAUACAUACGGAAAAGCGGUGUUUCUAG